GCCAAUUGGAUAGAAGCAUUGGAUUCAGUUUCUUGGAGUAGCAUUCCCCUUUAAGCCUCCAGUCCUGCUGAAAGAUAGCCCCAAUUGUCUUAAGUCCACCCAUCUGUGGGGGUGGCUCUGCGAAAGUUUGCAGAAGAAUUUUUUAAGCUGUCACUGGCGGUCGGUAGGAGACUGAUGGAGGACAGAGGGGACUCGUAAGCAAACGUUAACACCGACAUACAAACAAGUCCUAAAAGAAAAGACUGAGAAUGCAACAAACGCGCCCCGUGGAGGCAGACGAUGAUCAGGCCUAAAUUGGAGAAGUUUGUUGGGACUGUCACAGUUUAAGUGCAUGGUCGCCACAAAAGCGAAAAAGUGUGCAUCCAGCUCAGAUGGGAGUCAUUUGAAUUGUCAAUCGACGCUGUGUGAGAAAGGCAUUAAAUGCUUCUAAAAUUUAGGCUACCGUCCUGACAAAAUGACCCGUUUGGACUGCGGGCUUCACGCCUUCGGACAAGGAGUCUCCCCCAUUCACUUCUUCAUCGCACUUCUGAUGGUCCUGGAAAACUGCACAACGUUUGGAUUACCACAUGAAGCAGAGACAUUGCUGCAGGAUCCUCCUCAGUAUGAAGUGGUUCACCCCACGAGAGUCGAUGCCAAAGGUCACUUCCUGUCCAACAUCCUGUCUCACCAUGCUCGUCGUGUGCAGCGCCGGGAAGCCUCAGAGGGACCGGUGGACUUGGAUCGAGUCUUCUACCAGUUUUGGCACGCCGACCACAGUUUGCACUUUAAUCUCACACUCAAUCCACACCUGCUGGCUCCGGGGUUCCUCACAGAGAGAAGGUAUGGUGGCUUUGAGGAGGCCCAAAUCCGUCCAACUGGAUCCUCCCAGUGCCAUUUCUUAGGUGAAGUGUGGGAUGAGGACAGUGUUAAAGGAAGCGCAGCCAUAAGCACCUGUGAUGGACUGACAGGACUGUUCAAGUUGUCUGAUGAGGAGUUUUUUAUUCAACCUCUGGAGAAGUUGAACGAUGAGACCUCGGCACCACAAGCCCAUGCCAUCUACAAACGCCAUGCGUCCCCUCCGUUCUUGACUCCAUACGUACAGCACAUCUCAGGGAAACAGGCUCUCAACGGCACAUGUGGAAAUAAAAAUUCACAUCAAAGUUUUGAAGAUAUUGAGAGACAGCGGGAGAAGUGGGAGCACCGCCAACAGAGAAGAAGAAGGCGAAUUCGUCAACGCUCAAUCAGCAAAGAGAAGUGGGUCGAGACGCUGGUGGUGGCUGACCCCAAAAUGGUGGAGUAUCACGGGAGCAAAGCUGUGGAAAGCUACGUCCUCGCUGUCAUGAAUAUUGUGGCAGGUCUGUUCCGAGAUGCCAGUAUUGGAAACGCAAUCAACAUUGUGGUUGUUCGACUCAUCCUACUGGAGCAGGAUGAGGACGACUUAAAGAUUACACACCACGCGGACAACAGCUUGAACAGCUUCUGUAAGUGGCAGAAGAAAUUCAACAUGAAAGGAGACGAACACCCACUGCACCAUGACGUAUCAGUCUUGUUGACCAGGAAAGACAUCUGUGCAGCCAUCAACAUGCCCUGUGAGACUCUGGGUCUGUCCCACGUCGCGGGGAUGUGUCAGCCACAUCGCAGUUGCAGCAUCAGCGAGGACACGGGUCUUCCAGUGGCCUUCACUGUAGCUCAUGAGCUGGGACACAACUUUGGGAUUCAGCAUGAUGGCAACGGUAAUGACUGUGAACCCAUUGGGAAACGACCUUUCGUCAUGUCUCCACAGCUCCUGUACGGCACCUCCUUGCCCAGGUGGUCACGCUGCAGUCGCCAGUAUAUCACCCGCUUCUUAGAUCGCGGCUGGGGCUGGUGCCUUGAUGAUCCCCCUGUGAAGGAGAAGCUGUCCCUGAACUUGGUGCUUCCCGGGGUUCUGUACAGCGCUGCCCAUCAGUGUCGGCUGCAGUAUGGAUCUGGAUCCGUGCUCUGUGAUGAUAUGGACAAUGUAUGCAGCACUCUGUGGUGCACUGUGGGGACAACAUGCCACUCAAAGCUGGACGGGUCUGUGGAUGGGACCAGCUGCGGUGAGCACAAGUGGUGUUUCGGUGGAGAGUGUGUGGCAACUGGAUAUCAGCCAGAGAGUGUAAAUGGUGGCUGGGCACCGUGGAGCGAGUGGUCGGCCUGUUCGAGGACAUGUGGGGCCGGAGUCCAGAGUGCUCACAGAGAUUGUGAUAACCCAGUUCCUAAGUACAGAGGGAAGUAUUGUCUGGGAGAACGACGGAGGUACAAGACCUGCAACACCACACCGUGUCCUCGUGACGUGCCCACCUUCAGAGACAUCCAGUGUAGUCACUUCAACGCGAUGCCAUACAAGGGCAAGUUCUACAAGUGGGAAACAGUCAUCAGCAGAGUCAGCCCUUGUGAACUGCACUGCCGUCCAGUGAAUGAACACUUUGCUGAAAAGAUGUUGGAUGCUGUUAUCGAUGGGACGCCGUGCUACGAAGGCAACAAAAGCAGAAAUAUGUGCAUCAAUGGCAUCUGUCAGAAUGUAGGCUGUGACUAUGUGAUCGAGUCCAACGCUGUCGAGGAUCGCUGUGGGGUUUGUAAUGGAAACGGCUCCACCUGCACGACUGUGAGGAGAAUGUUUGAGGAGAGUGAAGGACUCGGCUACGUAGAUAUUGGACUGAUCCCAGAGGGAGCUUGGGGCAUCCACAUUGAGGAGGUAGCUGAAGCUGGGAAUUUCUUGGCACUACGGAGUGACAACCCCAAUAAGUAUUUUCUGAAUGGCGGUUGGACAAUUCAGUGGAAUGGAGAGUACAAAGCAGCUGGUACAGUAUUCACCUAUGAGAGGACGGGACAGCUGGAGAACCUGACGUCUCCUGGGCCCACCAUGGAACCACUGUGGAUUCAGCUUCUCUUCCAGGAGACCAAUCCAGGAGUGCGGUACGAGUACACAAUAAAUCAAAAUGACUUUGAGGACAACAACAUCCCUGCAUCGGUUUUCUUCUGGAAAUAUGGUUCAUGGACUGAAUGCAGUGUUACCUGUGGAACAGGUGUUCAGAAGCAGAUUGUUCACUGUGUGGAAAAGACAACUGGGAUAGUGGAGGAGCAAUUCUGUGACCCCUUGACCCGACCUGACAAUAACCAAACCAGCUGUAACAAGGAUUCAUGUCCAGCCAUAUGGUGGGUCGGAGAGUGGCAGAAAUGCUCAGCAAGCUGUGGCAGCACAGGCCAGACUAAAAGGACGGUGCUCUGCAUCCAGGCAGUUAGUGUUGAGGAGCAGAAAGCCCUGCAGUCCAGUGAAUGUGAACACAUACCCAAGCCUGAGUCACUAUCCUCCUGCAACACACACAUCCCCUGCCCUGCUGACUGGACCGCUGGCGGCUGGUCUAAGUGUUCAGUAACUUGUGGAAGUGGAGCGCGUCGACGCAACGUAACGUGUUCGAGAAACACAGGUAUUGAUUGUGAUCCCCAAAAGAAGCCUGUUGCUGUUGCUACCUGCCACAAUCAGGACUGCCCACAGGUCGUGGAUAACUUUGGUAUCGACUGGUCUGGAAGUGGCUGGUCGAGUAAAGAAGUGCUCAAUGAAAUUAACUCCAUACCUGAAGUCAAACCUCCUCCCAAAUACAGCACCACCAGAGCCCAGCCAAGAAAUCAUCACGACCUCAAUGACAUUGUGGAGGGAGAUUUCCACUACCACAACAACAUUGAAAAUAUUAACAGCUCCCCGGAAAACGGCGUCGAAGUUGAUGAUUUUUACUAUGACUAUAAUUUUAUCAACUUCCAUGAAGACCUGUCGGAUGACUUUGAGAGCGGUGGAAAAGAUUCAGAGGACAGUAGCAAAUUUGAUGCUCCACAGGAGGCCAAGCCAACCCACAGUGUGGAAGAAAAUGCUCACACGGAAACUACAAGAGCUCCCACAGCUACUUCAGCCAUUCCUACGAUUUCAAAGGCCACUGCCUCCACAUUGAAAACAGAAGAGCCAGUGAACACAAAUCUGAACAAUAUGACAGACAAUGGAAAUGUAGCAACAAAGGAGUCUAUACACUCGAACUCUGAAAAUCUGGAUGACUUUCUUUCCGAGGAUUUUCUUCUGCCUGUGUCUACUACUCGCUCACCUCCAUUGUCUACAACUCAACAUUCACAAACAGUAAAAGAGAGAGAAAACAUUAGCACAAUGCUUUUCACUACAAAGGAGCCUACACAGGAUGUGAAAUGGGAGGAGGCUGAAAAUAACUAUGACAAUGUCUUUGAGGAGGACGGUCUUACUGAGGAUGUCACUAUGACUCCAAAACAUGCUGCUCCCACUCCCAGACAUCAAACCACUAUUAAUACUUUUGUUGCUACAACAGUGAAUGUUCAGGAGUCAGAGGAGCAGCAUUAUUAUGAUUACAUUUACAAUGAAAAAGUUCCGGAUAUCUCUACAAACCAAGAAGAUGUUGAGAGUCCAGAACCUUUAGGUUCUCCCACGCCAGAGAAGAUAAUUCAGGUUAAGCCCGAAGUCGAACUGGACGAGAGUGCUGCAGAAAUACCUCAAACAACCAGUCAGCCCACAAUAUUUCCAGCUGCCUCCACACUGGAUCAGACUCAUUUUGAUACAGUUUAUACCACUAGUCAGUAUUCACAGGAUACUGACCUUCAGUACCUCAGUACAACCUCAUUUCCUGCCUCUGAGAAAUCAGCUCCUCUUCCUGUGCCCUUCAUGAUAAUCUCAGGUAACGAAAAGGCUUCUGACUCCAAAUCAUUAACUGGAACAGAAAUCAUACCUCCAGCUACAAUGAAACAGGAACCGACAAAACCUGCCUUCACUGAAAAAACUGGAACAGACUCCACAUCCCAAGCUCCAUGGUUUGAUUUAGCUGAUUUUGACUACAAUGAAAUUGUCGUUCCCACGAUGAUGAGCAGCCAUAACAGUGAUCCCGAACCUUCGUACCAGCUUCCAACAAACACAGCAGCCACUUCUCAACAUAACAACACAACACCAGCACAGCAUGUCGAUACAACAACACCCCCUGUGACCAUUUUGCCAACCCAUCCAUCCACUCUGUGGCUACUUCCGGUGCCAGCAUCUGUCCAAACUUCAGCUUCCACACAAGUCACUAAGACUGCCUACUGGGUCACCGGCAACUGGAGCACUUGCUCCACCAGCUGUGGUCUUGGUGCCAUCUGGAGGACUUUGGCAUGUAGUAGUGGCUCAGACUCUGACUGUGAUCCGGCCAAGAAGCCUGCUCCGGCCCAGAGAUGUUACCUGCGCCCCUGCUCCACGUGGAAGGCUGAGGAAUGGACUAAGUGCUCCAAGAAUUGUGAAGGUGGCAUUAAAUCACGAGAAGUCCAGUGCUUCGACAUGCGGGAUCAGAGACCCCUGCGACCUUUUCACUGCCGGGCCAUGUCCUCCAGGCCACCAACCCGAAUGACCUGCAACCUUCAGCCGUGUCUCAAAUGGUACACCUCCUCUUGGGGUCAAUGCUCUGAAGUGUGUGGAGGAGGUGAGCAGCAGCGUAUAGUCACCUGUCCAGAGAAGGAUCAAUGCGACAAAGACCUUCAGCCCGGUAACAUCCAGCCGUGUAACAGCCAGCCCUGUGCUCAGUGGCUCACCGGGUCUUGGGGACAGUGUUCAGCUUCUUGCGGUGGCGGUCUGCAGCGUCGUCUCAUCAAGUGUAUCAACACAAAAGCUGAGACAGAUGAAGAAGUGGAUCAAGCUCAAUGUGACCAUGAGCCUCAGCCCGAGAGCAGCCAGAAGUGUAACUUACAGGACUGCAUGAGCGCCCCCUCUGGAGCAGUUUGUGUCCGUGAUCGGCUCACGUUUCGUUUCUGCCAGACUCUCCGCUGGCUCGGCCGCUGCCACUUGCCCAACAUACGAGUACAGUGCUGCAAAACCUGCAGCCAGCGUUCCCGCUCCGGCAGCACGUCUCGCCGCUGAGGUGCAACAAAGUACUCACUCAUCAACGGAAACACCGACUGCACCACUGAGUGAUGGAAAUCAUCACUUAAAGUCAACAAUCUGAGCCCUUUCCUUUUUACCACUACAGACUAAUUAUGAAUUAGUCCCACUCCAAAUCUCUGCAUGAUUGUGCUGGUUAAAUUAUUACAGAGGGCUGAAAUUAAUUGGAAAUGUGACAGCCUCUCUCUUAGCGAAACAAUGAGGUUGUAAAUAUUUGUUUGCACUUUUUAUAUUAUGCAUUUUUGAGGAUUACAUUUUAUGAACGAUGAUUUCUUUGUAUACAGAUAUGGCGCUACAUAAGGGGUCUCCCCUCGAGCUUAAUAAUGCAUCAUUACACAUGCAGAUAAACCACUCGUUAACCUUUAUGGUUGGUACAAUGCUUUCAUUUUAUUGACAGCAGCACAGACUGAACAGAUUAAAAUAGACAGGUGAAACAGAACAGGUAUACAAUUCUCAGUGUGUUCUUUCAGCAUCCUGUGAUACACUAAGCGGGGCAGAAAUGCUUCAUGUGGCAUUUAGAAAUAAUUGACUAUCAGCUAAGCCCCGCCCUCCUUAGUUACUGUUUCUACAGGUUUUUGAUCUCACACCGGAAAUUAUUGCAGUUUUCAUUAUCGGUGGCAGAUUUAACAAAAGCUUUGUCAUUUUUUUGAAUAACUGGCUUCCUCGUUUUAGUUCGUGACUGUCUGAACUGAAAUGACAAUUGUUGCUGGCAAAGUAUAUCAACCGGAGCUAACUAACUAAACUAAAGUUAUCUCCAUGAGCUGUUUAAAAAUCUGCAUCUCAGACUGACUUUUUGUUGUUUUGAGCUGACUCAUAAAUUAAAGGAGAUCUUAAAUAUGUACUUGUCGACUAUGAUAUGGUGCUAAAAGACUGAAGCUAAUGCUGCGUACAAAAGUUACUCGCCAGUCAUUGAUUCAUGUAGCAGAAAUGGAAAUAAAGAAUGUUGUUCUUGUAUUGUAAAGUAGAGCUAGUCUAGUCUAGUGUCAUGCAGUAUAUAAUGUGUAUGUUCAAAUCCAUGCUAAUGUCUGCAGCUUAUAUCAGAACAGAUAAACACUGUUUAAUUCAUUAGUUUGCCUUUCCUUACACUUUUGUUUUUGGUUUUGCAAAGAAUAAAAAAAGACACCACCCCAUAAAUUUUAGUUAGUUAAAGGUCCAGUGUGUCAGAUUUAGAUGACUCUAU